AUGGAGCCGGUGGGCACUGUCACCACCAUCCUCCUUAUCCUGGUGGUCGUGGCCCUUGUGGCUGGGUGGAAAAAGGAAUGGCGGAGCCAAAAUUACCCGCCGGGGCCGCUGGCGUUGCCGGUCAUCGGGAACCUGCUGCAGCUCAGGGCUGCCAACACCUGCAAGACCUUCUGCAAGCUGAGCAAGAAGUACGGCCCCGUCUUCACCCUACACUUGGGCUCGGAGCGGGUGGUAGUGGUCUUCGGCUAUGAGGUGGUGCGGGAGGUUUUGCUGAACCGUGGGGAUGAAUUCACCGACCGGGGUCGGUUCCCGUUGACGGAAAAAUACAACAAGGAUCUCGGCAUCUUCAUGAGCAAUGGGGAGAUGUGGGUGCAGACCCGGCGCUUCACCCUCACCACGCUGCGGGAUUUUGGCAUGGGCAAGAGGAGCAUGGAGGAGUGGGUCCAGGAGGAGAUGGGGCUGCUGCUGCAGGAGCUGGCGCAGACCAAAGGGCAGCCCUUCAACCCUGCCAUGCUGCUGAGCGCAGCCGUGGGCAACACCAUCUGCCGCAUCCUCUUCGGUGAGCGCUUCAGCUAUGGUGACGAAGAGUACCGCCGCAUCCUCCGGUGCCUUGCCGAAAAUUUCCGCUUGGAGAGCUCCAUCGCCGGGCAGCUCUACACCAUCCUGCCCAGCUUGAUGAAUCACCUGCCCGGCCCCCACCAAACCUACUUCCAGAACAAUUCUAUCAUUGAGAAAUUUUUGGCUAGGAAAGUGGCGGAGCACGAGGCCACCCUGGAUUCCGGAGCACCCCGGGAUUUCGUGGAUGCUUUCCUCUGCAGGAUGAAGCAGGAGAAGGGGAACCCCAGGACGGCUUUCAGACGGGACAACAUGUAUGUGACGGUGUUUGACAUGUUCAUGGCCGGGACAGAGAGCACCAGCAUCACCCUCCGCUACUGCCUGAUGCUGCUGCUGGAGCACCCCGAGGUGGCAGGGAAGGUGCAGGAGGAGAUUGAGCGGGUGAUGGGGAGGGAGCGGAGCCCCAGCCUGCAGGACCGGGGCGCGAUGCCCUACACCGAAGCUGUCCUUCACGAGACGUUGCGGUUCCUCGACCUCGUCCCCCUUGGCUUCAUCCGGAGGGCGAAGUGGGAUACGCAGCUCGGUGGCUUCACCAUCCCCAAGGGUUGCACCAUCUACCCCAUCCUGAGCUCAGCCCUGCAGGACCCCCGCCACUUCAAAAAUCCUGAAGCCUUUGACCCCCGUCACUUUUUGGAUGAAAAGGGGGAGUUCAAGAAAAGCGAAGCCUUCUUGCCCUUCUCUGCAGGGAAGCGUAUGUGCCUGGGGGAGAGCCUGGCACGGGCGCAGCUCUUCCUCUUCCUCACCGCCAUCCUGCAGCGCUUCCAGCUCCGGCACCCCCCCGGCCGCCCCCACCUCGACCUGCAUCCCGACGUCAGCGGCAUCAUGAACAUCCCCCGGCCCUUCGAGCUCUGCUUCUGCCCCUGCUGA